AUGGAGGUGGUGGUAAAAUUACAAGAGCUUAUUGAUCAAAAAAAGACUGAUGGUCUGGAGAAAAAAGACAAGCCCAGCAAAGACAGCCAUCAACUGGCCCUAACUGACCAGAGGUACUUUCAGUUGCUGUGCAGUAUCAAUUCAGAUAUUCACAAUCCUCAAGCUCCAGUGAUUAUUUAUAAACAGAGCAAGGGAGGAUCCCAAUACUUCAAUAAAGAUAUUGUUCAAGACUGUGGAUUUGAACACCUAGUUCCUAUAGUAAAAAUGUGGGAAGAUGAACUGACAUCUUUAAAGGAUUUGUAUAAGUCCUUAAAAAUACUGUCUGCAGCACUGGUACCUUGGCAUAAUUUAAAGAAACCGGAUGAAAAUGAAGGUGUCAAAGUAGAAGAUCUGUUGUUUAUGGUAGAUACCAUGUUGGAAGAGGCUGAGAACAAGGAGAGCCCCGACAUGCCAAACUUUCAAACAUUGGGAGCUAUUGUUUCUCACUUCCAAAAGCUAUUUGAUGUUCAGUCUUUAAAGGAAGUCUAUCCCCAGAUGAAUAAAGGGUAUACCAGGCUUGGAGAAAAGAACAAUGUGGUCAGAGACCUGCGGGAGCUCUUAAAACUAGACAGUCAAUCCUCUCUGUGUGUUGUAGUCAGCACAGUUGGAAAACUGUGUAAGAUGAUUAAUGAGGAUGUGAAUGAACAGUUAGGAACUGAAGACCUACAAAGCAUUAUUAACAAAUUGGAAGAACAUGAGGAAUUUUUCCCAGCAUUUCAAGCUUUUACUAAUGAUCUUCUUGAAAUCUUAGAAAUUGAUGAGUUGAAUGCCAUUGUACCUGCAGAAAAGAAAUUAAAAGUACAUUCAUACUCAAAACAAAUCACAACAUACAGCCCGCGCCUCCGGAGCAACACAAGUUGUUCUCUAAAAGCACUAGAUAAGCUUUUAAAGUUAUGGAUCUGCAGCACAAACAAAUUUAAACCCAAGAAGCCAUCCCGUUGCCAUGACAAUAUGAUCCGCCAGUUCCCUGACAGGAUGAAUCACGAGCUUCGGGGAUAG